AGGAGAAGAAGGCUCGUAUUAUGAUCAGUUUGAUGUACGCGGAUAAAUCCAGACUUAUCAUGUGCGCGGCCUACCGUCACAGACUGUAUGGCUCUCACAUACAAUGGAUGCUACCCGGAUGGUAUGAGAAGGACUGGUGGCGAAUUAGAAAUGUGCCAGGCUGCUCAGCUGAGAACAUUCGAACCGCGGCAGCAAAUUUCCUGGCCGUGGAGGACUUGGUUGUGGACACCACGACAAAUAACACACUCAGUGGACUGGUGAGGAGAGAGAACAGUGUAUCUGAGCCACUGAUCCCUAGUGAUACUAACUUGAUAAGUAGCAAAUUUUAAUUUUCCUUUCAGACAGCAGAGGCGUUUAUGAAUAUGUACCAGGCGAAGCUUACACAUUACCCACACUCCCCCAAUGGUUACGCGCCCCUGGGAUAUGACGCGGUCUGGGUACUAGCGUUAGGUUUGGACAAGACAUUGACGCAAAGAAAAGAACAGGGCCGAGGGUGUUAUAAAAUUCAAUAAGAACAAGGAAAGGCUGAACAAGAUAUGGAUUGAACAGUUUCAAGGUAAGCAUCAGAGUUUUGUUUUAGUAAUGAGAGUUGUUUAUUAUAUGGCUAGCUCCGUGAGCAGGCAAGACGAACCAAAUCCUGUGCUGUGAUUGGCUACCGGAGCAGGCAAGAUGCGCUAUCUAGCCCGCUCGGGAUUAGGCGCUGUGUCCCGCAAGAAAAUUCUCUUCCAAGCCGAAGCAGAAGCCGAAGAUAAAUCCUAUAGUAAUCAAGCUUGUUCGUUCAAGAUGGCUGGAUGUUAGCAUCGUUAUUUUUUUGCGCGUUUAUGGACCUUGACUCCGUCUCGGUCCAUGGGUUUUCUGUACCCCACUCCCUCUCUGUGCCCCCUGCCUACAAAGCAUUGAACCUAACUAGAUUUAUCAUGACAGGACAAAAGCACUUCGGGGUAUUUUUUUAAUAUAAGCUAGACCCUUCAAACGCGAUUUCCUCGCGCAAUUCUAGAUCAUUAAGACCAGUUGGCUGUUAACAAGCAUGAUCGAGGAGUUGAACUAGGGUCUACCGAGAAACUACUCCAGCUAAGUGGUUCGGGCGAGAAUUGAACCCGCGACCUCUGGACUUCAAGUCCUGUGCCCUAAGCACUCGGCCACGCUGCCUUCUUAAUAACCUACAUUAAAACGGUAAUUAUCCGGAUACGAUAUUCAUCAUGCGGUGAGAGACAAUAAGAAACUGAAUACUACUAAAACGCGGAAGGUUAGUUAAAUGGCCGAACUACCGGCACGAGUCUAGCUAGUCCAGUCACUGAAUUCUCCAUUCCCUGCUCCAUUUAAGGGUUGAACCCAGGCGGGAGGAAGCCCAGUGGUCUGACUGGCGUGAGGAAGAAUGGUCUUUUCGAUUUCCGUUGGAAAAACUGGGAAGUUUCUUCGUGGUAGUUUCAGUGUUUCCCUCAUUUUCUCUGGUUUUUACUGACUAAAGAAGACCUUUCUUAUAUAUUGUGUGUUACAAAGCGUAACAUGUAACAUUAUUUCUUUCCAUAAACAUGGUUAUUUGCAGAUGACAGACCUCCAAGAGAUGAAGACCUUGUUAGUGAACCUUUAGUAAAAGUCAGUAACAAGCUGUUCUAUCUAAUGAGCUCCGUCGCUGCAGUCGGUUCACUAACAGCUUUUGGAUUUCUUUAUAUCAACUAUCACUACAGACAUCACAGGUAACUAACCUACAAAAACGCAAGCAAAUAAAAAAACACCCAGGAGAAAAAAAAACUGGUAACGCCUCAUUGUGCUUAUCAUUAGAAGCAUGUUCAAGCUUGGUCAAGUUUUUCUUAUGGUUCAAAAAGAUAUCUUCCAGAAAUACUCAGACUAUGUACUUUUUGUAUUGUAGUAGAACUACAAGGAAACAAUACUGUGUACAGUCAUUAUUUCAUUGAAAGUCGCCCAUUCGGACCUUUUUUCCCCGUUUUUCUCUGCAAUACUUUUAACAGAUUUACGUGCUGUACACCCUUAUCGACCACAGCUCUCGAACGUCAUUGUAAAACAUUUCUUUGACUUUGUUUUUGUUUUUAUGAUGUUUUUCCAAACUUAAGCAAUCUCUUACGGAGAAAGCAAGUGUUAAGUGAAAGAGACUUGUUGGCCAAAGCAUGUAUAUAGCUAAAUUCACUAUCACAACUCGUUUUAUUGCAUGGCAGGUGACUCUCUUUCUAGCGCCUGACUGUGGCCAGUAAAGAAACAAUUCUAUGUUUCUAGUGUUUCUUUUUCGCCCUAGUAUCAUUAGACAAUCAUCUCCAAGGCUCAAUAACAUCAUUGUCAUUGGCUGUAUGCUGGCGUACCGCUGUGUGUUUGUGUUCGGCGCUGAGACCUUCGUGGAAUCACUCGAUACACUCAGGAUAUUUUGUAAGGUGUGACGAUUGUUUUAUACGCUCUACCCUACUUGUCUGUUAAUUUUCUCUAAACGGCCCACCCCUCCCCCCUUGAAAUGCUGAUAAACCGAUCGUCAUACACAGUACCUCCCAUGGCGAACGCUAGUCCAGUCUCUGCUCGAUCCCUCUUCCCGCUCCAGACAUGCUGUCACACUUCUAAGUAUACUUUCUGACCGAGAACUAUUAUUGACUAGAACAGCCUUACAUUUGAUUACUUGUCGAUAGACCAGUUUUCCACAAAAUUUAUGGCCACCAUCUCUGACCACGUCACCUUUAUUUGUUGUAAUUUUAUUCCAUUUUGUUUGAGCUUUCCCUAUUUAUUCUUGCAUUUAAAUUCUAUUUAUUUAAUCUUGCACUCACGUCACUGGGUGACUAAGUGUAAAUGGCUACUUGAGGUGAGCCUGACGAGGUCGAGAAGUAAUGUUUCACUAGUUGAGGCAGGUUGCCCUCGACGGAAGGAAUGUCUUGUCACGGCGCAGAGAGCACUUAUAUCACUGUGCGGUGAAUAGACGUUUUCCCUUCGUUUACCUCUCGUGGUAUUUAUAUUUUUCAGUGGUCUACGGAUAAGAUGGUGGAUGUUUUCGCUGGCCUUCACUCUGGUAUUUGGCACGAUGUUUGUGAAAACAUGGCGAGUCUAUAAAAUAUUUACUAACAAGAAACUAUUUAAACAGCUGGGCCCAUUGCACCACCGUCACUUAAUCGGAAUUGUGUAUGGACUUGUCUGUUUAGAUGUGACAUAUCUAACAACCUGGGAAAUAACAAACCCCAUUACUAGUACAUUGAAAUAUCUAAGAAAGGAAAUAUCCCCUGAUGGUAAGAAAGUUACUCAAGGUCAGUUUAUGAUCUUUACUUCUGGCAACGAAGGCCUGUCGCUGAGCUUUUGGCUGAUAUGGAAAAGCCUGUUUUUGGUUAUUGGAGUCUUUCUGGCUUGGGAAACACGACAUAUGAGGUUUCGUUCACUAAACGACUCCAAAUACAUAGGAAUGAGUGAUUACAAUGUAGUCCUCAUGACCUUGAUUACUGUUUCUUUGUUGUUCGUGGUGGGAGAAGGACAUCUCCAAGCUAAAUACGCAUUGUUUUGCACCUCGUUCAACGUCAUCUCUACUUUCACCCUCCUGUUGUUGUUUGUACCUAAGAUUACCAAAAUAGUGGGAGAAUCAACUCACCCAGAACAAAUACUUGAUGUUGUUAACGGGGCGUUAAACAGUUCAGUCUGCUGUGAGCAACGUGGAGUCCACGAGUGUCCGUACUGCAAGUGCAGAUAAACUGACAAAAUGAGACUAAACUGAGUUGUGCCUAUAGUGUAACGCUCGUGGAGACGGAAGAAUAAGGCAGCGUCAACGCUACGCCGGAGAAAUUUGAAAACGCAGCUUUAUUUCUACGAUUAGGUCUGCCGUCCACACUAAUCCGUCACGAAAACGGAGUUUUUCAAAAACGCUCUUCAAACCAGAGAAAAUUGAAAACGCCGCCUCUACGUUUUCGUGUUGGCGGAAGACAUUUUGAAAACGGAGCUUUUCGAAAACACUCUUAAAACCGGAGAAAUUUGAA